CAAACGUGUUUGACCCGUGUCGCGGGUUCCUGUGUUUCAACGGUGGGUACUGCAUAGCCCCAGCCGACGCCCCGUACUGCUCAUGCCCCCCUGGGUUCAGCGGUCAAAGGUGUGAGAUCGUCCUGGGUGGACAGAAACCGGGCCUGUGUCCAAGGGUAGGUCAUCAAUCAUUUAGUCGUGUUGCCCGUUGACUUGUAGUGGGGCAGUGGUCGGCUCAUCGUGGCUCGCGGGCCGCAUGCGGCUCUUUAACGAUCUGAGUGCGGCUCGGCCAGCAGGCCACAAAUCGGUUUUCACUCCGAAAAACAUGGUUCUUGGCAGGUUCUUGAAAAGAAAUGUGGCUCUCAAAUUUUUAAAAAAUCGCCCUGCUGCUGAUUUUUGGCUCUUUUGACUAAUGAGUUUGUUGACCAUUGAGGUAGGGCUAGGCGCUCCACUGAUGGUCGCAAAGCUGCUAUGCGAUACAUUUUAUAAGAGAAAUCAUAAGCAGCAAAAUCCACAAUUUCAUAAUUUAAUGGAAAAAAAAAUUGAAAGUUUUCAUUUUUUUUUUAUUUUUUUUUACCAGCUGGUUCAUGUUUAAUUCAUUUUUGACAUUGGCCUACCAGCGAAAUAUAGAGUUUUCGCUUUUUUAUUUUACCAUUUAAUGAGAGUCAAUUCUUCAAUUGCGAUAUGUGGCUAAAUAAGGGGAUUUUUUUUAAUGAUAAAAAAUGGAAAAGCACCCAUCAAACAUAGCAACCAACCAAAUUUAUAAAAAAAUAUAAAAAAUCAGCUUAAAAUUUAGCUUAGUCCACUUUGGCCCAUUAUACUUCUCUUUAGCACAUCAUACUCAUUUUUAGCAUGUCAUACUCUUCUUCAGCUCAUCAUACUCCUAUUAAACCCAUCAUACUCGACUUUAACCCAUCAUACUCCCCUUUAGCACAUCAUACUCCACUUUAACCCAUCAUACUCCACUUUAGCACUUCAUACGCCUCUUUAACCCAUCAUACUCCACUUUAACCCAUCAUACUCCCCUUUAGCCCAUCUCGUUUCGACCAUGAUUGUUACAGUUUGGUUUUUACCUUGACCUCAGACGAGAUCGUCUGCGUCAGAACCAUCCCAUCCCAUCCCAUCACUUCCUUGUCAUUCCGUGGGGAGUAAUUUACGUAUGUCAAAGGAGAUCCUGGCCACCUGACGCAUUUGGGAUGUCAAUCAUUCGAAAAAAAAAAUAUUUGCAUGUCAUUCAAGUGUGAUGAGAAUAAAAAAAAAACCCAUCAAGGUCAUAUUCAUUGUCUUUUUUUUUUCUACUGGCUUUACUGUAACAUGGAUGAUAACCCAUCACAUGAUUAAGUGCAACACAUGUGAAUAAGGUACUCUAAAUAAACACUAGAUGUUGGUUUACAUUUAUGACCAUUCAUUUGAAUGGGUCAACUUGAUGGAACCUACAACUUCUAGUUUGUUGUUUUGGUGUGAGUCUUUGUCUUCAAAUAAUUGUUUUAUUUUUUUUUUAAAUUACCAUUUCAAUUGCAUUUUCUUUUUUGCAAGUUUCUGAGCUACCUCUUCUCAACUAUAAUGGAUAUUUAUAGCUUUGGUUUAAUGUCAUGAAGAAAAGUGAGUAACACAUUGCGGCAAACAAACAAAGAAACCCAACAACAAUAAUUUUGUAAUUAUCCCUAUAGUUUAAGAAAGAAAUUGACUGCUUAGUAGUAACCCACCGGCUCAAUGUCUGUGUCUAGUUAAUUUGACACUAAAACUACCGGGGGAAGGGGGGUUGUGUCUCCAAAAGUUUUUUUUAUAAAUUUUUUCUUCAAAAUUUCAAUUCUGUAGCUAAAAGAAUCUUUUGAGGCUGAAGGACGCCAGAUUAAGACUAUUUUUUUUAAAGAAAGGAUUUAGAUCUUCUAUUUAAACUUUGUAGACUGUUCAGCACUUUUUACGUUAUAAAAAAACACCACCACAUUCAAGCAUCUAGAAUCAAUCCAGAUUUUAACCCACAGGUGUCAGAUGCAGAUCCCAGGUGUAUUGGGGUGCUGUGCAGAAGUGACAGGGACUGCAGGGGAUCCCAGAAAUGCUGCAGGAAUAACUGUGGUGACAACGUCUGCGCCGUUCCCGACUUUGGUAGGUAUGAUUGAUCACGUGUUGUCUGUGACCCGACCUGGUCGCUUAACAUUUUUUUUUUUAAAAAGACGACAAAGAUAUACUGCAUUGCUCUACAUAUAUGAACAAACCAUUCUUCUAUAUGAACAGAACUAUUUUUUCUGUAAGAACAAUAUGAUUUCUUCUAUAUGAACAAAAUCAUUUCGCUUUAUUAACAAAACCAUUUAUCUGUGUGAAAAAAUCAUUUAUCUUUAUGAGCAAAACCAUUUAUUCUAUAUGAGCAAACCAUUUCUUUUAUAUGAACAAAACCAUUUCUUCUAUAUGAACAAAACCGUUUCUUUUAUAUGAACAAAACCAUUUCUUCUAUAUGAACAAAACCAUUUAUUCUAUAUGAACAAAACCAUUUCUUCUAUAUGAACAAAACCAUUUCUUCUAUAUGAACAAAACCAUUUCUUCUAUAUGAACAAAACCAUUUCUUCUAUAUGAACAAAACCAUUUCUUCUAUAUGAACAAUUCCAUUUCUUCUAAAUGAACAAAACCAUUUCGCUUUAUGAACAAAACCAUUUCCCUCGAUGAAGAAAACAUUUAUCUUUAUGAGCAAAACCAUAAUUUCUUCUAUAUGAACAAAACCAUAAUUUCUUCUAUAUGAACAAAACCAUUUCUCCACCGAUUGCCACGCUAACAACCUGCUCAGCGAGCUAGGAUUAUACGACUUUUUUUUUUUUUACCCAAAAGCGUGACAAACAAAAUGAUACCGCGGCUUGUCAAUGAAUGAGGGGAUCUCAAACUUGGGAAACCAAAUUCUGUUGACCUUUAUUGUUGAACUGGUCAAGUUUCUUUCUUUUUUUUUUUUUGCCACUUUUAUAAACAUUUUGCCAUCAAUUUUGUAUCAAGUGUUUACUGGUCUUCGUUGUGGCAUUCGGUAUAUAUGUUUACCAUUUAGUUAACAUUGAAGCACCACACUUGUAUAUGAAUUACGUCUAGCCCUUGUCUUUUAGCGCAGCACCGUUUAUUUCUGCGACUAUACUAAAGAAAUAUUUUACUAUAAAGACCCUCCCCCCCACUCACUGGAUAUCUCCUCGUAAAAAUAGAAAAUAGCAAAAGGGGCUAAACCGACAGAUCUUCUUAGCUGUGAAACAUCUCCCUAAUGGUCUGUCUUAGCUUAAGCCGAUGGACAUUUUUCAGCUGUAAAUCAUUCUAGCAAGCGUUAGCGUAGAUAUUGUCACUCCUGUCUCCGACACGAACAAACAAAAAAAAAGCCAUCGGAUGACCACAAAUGCCACCGCUACCUAGAUAUAGAUAUUUUUUUACAUGGCUUUUAGGGCACACCAACCCCCCCCCCACCCAAUAAACCCCAACUUUUUUUUUCAAUUCCCACUGCAAGUCGUAUCCUACCAAGUAGUUAAAUGGUCAUUGUUUGGACGCCUUACUUUCGUCAUUGAAUAUGUCUCUGCCUUCUCCUGUCGCUUCAAUAGCUUUACAGCAAGCCAAGAGUGUUAGGCUUUGUGUUUCUUUGGUCUUUUGGCCGAAACGUUCACUUUUGUGUGUGUGUGUGUGUGUUGUCCUUUUCCAUGUUGUCCUCUACCCUGUGUACGGUUGUCCUCUACCCUGUUUACUGUUGUCCUCUACCCUGUGUACUGUUGUCCUCUACCCUGUGUACUGUUGUCCUCUACCCUGUGUACUGUUGUCCUCUACCCUGUGUACUGUUGUCCUCUACCAUGUGUCCUGUUGUCCUCUACCCUGUGUACUGUUGUCCUCUACCCUGUGUACUGUUGUCCUCUACCCUGUGUACUGUUGUCCUCUAACCUGUGUACUGUUGUCCUCUAUUCUGUGUACUGUUGUCCUCUACCCUGUGUACUGUGUCCUCUACCCUGUGUACUAUGUAUAUUUCUUCUUGCUGAAACCUGAACGCAGUCCUCCCUGAAUUUCUCAUCAUUUUUUUUGACACCUUGCCUGUUCCAGUGCAGCCUCCUUCGGUCAACAUCUCCAACCCGUGUGCAACCAUUAGGUGCACCAGUGACACCGAGUGCAGGGUCGUGUUCAAAUGUGGCACGUGCGAGCCGACUGUCCAGUGUGUCAGCAGGAAUCUGAUCGAUGACCGUAAGUGUCUAGUCCGUCACAUGUGCAGUAACUAGUAUAUCCAGAAAUAAGUCUCUAGUCCAUUACUUGUGUACUAACUAACUUAAUCAGAAAUAAGUGUCUCGUCCAUCACGUGUGUACUAACUAGUAUAUCCAGAAAUAGUAUCUAGUCCAUCACAUAUGUACUAGCAUAUAUUCACAAAUAGAUGUACAUAACAUGAGUACCAGCUUAUAUAUCCAGAAAUAGGUGUCUAGUCAAUCACACGUGCACUAACUUCUUUAGCCAGAAAUAAAUGAACUAUUUCAAGAGCGGCUAUAUCAAUUUUUUAUACUUUUUUUUUUUUUCGUUUUCAAAUUGAGAAUUACGUUCAUAUUGCAAGCGAAGAUUUAUAAAUUCGCAACCGUUGAUGUUGAUUUCUUUUACGUACUUCAAAAACUAGUUCGACCAAUAAUUUUACCAGUAAAUGACUCAGAUUUUAAAUACAAAGAAUUCACUAGGAUGAUAGUAUUAUCAAUACCAUAUUGGGAGUUAGACCAGUCUUCUUUAACAAAGGGGAACACGCUGCGUAAAACUAGGAAAAACAACGUAAAAGCUUCUGGCUUAAUAUUUAUUCUUAGUAGAAUGAGUUGACCUUUAAAUUAUAGGCAAAUUUUAAUUUUUACGCUUACACAGCGAAGGACAAUCAGGGGGGACUUUAUGAAAGUGAACAUUUUCUUUUUGACUGCGGGACAACUUGAUUUAAUUUGUGCAUACUUUUCAUUUUUUAAAUGGAUUUUGUGUCCAUUGGUGGCCUAGACAAAGACAUAUCUAUAUCUGCCUUGGUGGCCUAAACAAAGACAUAUCUAUAUCUGCCUUGGUGGCCUAAACAAAGACAUAUCUAUAUCUGCCUUGGUGGCCUAAACAAAGACAUAUCUAUAUCUGCCUUGGUGGCCUAAACAAAGACAUAUCUAUAUCUGCCUUGGUGGCCUAAACAAAGACAUAUCUAUAUCUGCCAUGUUGGAAAAAAUGGAUACUCCGCCUUGUCAACAAAUGGUGAGAGCGAAGCAACCAUUAAAAGGCAAAUCGGCUACAGACAAAAGGAGUGAAUCUGGCGGGUUGGGGGGGGGGGUAGGGGACGAAAACUCCGUUCAAACAGAAAGCUAAAACCCUGUACAUAAUUACAAACUCACACUCAAGAACUCAACAAUCUUGCUACAGACUAAUUUUAAGGAACAUCGAAAAACUCAAAAAGGGAUUUGGGGUCUGAAAAAUUAUGAAAGAUGAAUGAAAAACACAAAUGUCAUUUAUUUGGAUCAAUAAAUAUCUUAUCUUAACUUAUCUUAUCUUAAAAUAUCAACCUAAAAAAUCAAAAGGUUUCCGAUUCUUGCUGUUAUUUCCACCAGGCAUAGACUUCCAGUGUCGAAGGCGAGGAUAUCAAGAAGCCCUGCUAGUGGAUGGGCCGAUUCCCAGCUCCCCCUACACCGCCCUCCAGUGUCGUGGACCGUACGCCACAAGUCGAUGUCCCAGGGGCUCCACCUGUGUGGAUGACCAGCGUGGAGGGGGCUCUUGCUGCAGGGGGUUCGCGCAGGUGCCGGAGAAGCCAGGAUCCUGUCCGUCGGUAAGGUUCGGUUAUCGAGGAAAACUAUUUUCAGUCCCCAACAAAACGCUCCUUACUUCCCCUUAUUUCGCUUUGAAAUUUCUUCUGCAAACCUACCGUAAUACAUUUAUUAGCCAUAUUGUGAAUUUAUUAUCUGAUCGUUUAUCAAACAUAUUUUAGUCCACGUGAAUUACUACACCUUUUAGAUACAAUAGAACGUUUAUUGAAAUUAAAAGCCAACAUUUUUAGGUACAUUCGAAUGUUAAUUGAAGUUAAAAGACACCUUUUUUAGGCAUACUAGGAUGAGAUUUGAAUUAAGUUGACAUAACCACUUAUGAUUAGGUUUAACAAAGCUAAACUAUAAUACAGUAAUUCCCUCACAUUUCAUAUCGACAUGUCUACCACUGAUGGUGUGUCUCCAGGGCGAUGUCAGCGUGUGUGGUGGUAUCUUCUGUGAAAACGACUACGACUGCCCAGACGACCGGAAAUGUUGUGCAGGCUGCGGUCGUCUCUGCACCCCGCCUGUUCCACCAGUCGUCUGCGACCCGCCUUGUCGCCGAGGUAACAUGACCCUGGGGGGGGGGGGGUGUGUUUAUGUUUCUUAGCGGAAAUUUGAUAGAUUUUUUCAGUUUACACCAUCAAAUGUUAGUCAAAUUUCUUUUUUUUUUUUGAUGCACUCUACUAGAUAGUAAAACAAAAUAAUGCGUUCAAAAUGUAAUUUGACGUGCACAAUUUGAUCGUGUGCGCUGAAAAUAACAUUCGAUCAAAUUUCCGUUCGACCAAAUUUCCGUCGAUCAAUUUUUCCGUCGACGAAAUUUCUUUCAAACAAAUUUCCGGAUAUGGUUGAAAUUGGCUCAACGUAACUGUAAAAUACCAUUAGAACUGAACCAUGCCGUUUUUAUACAAGACAAUGUGCUAACUUUCGUGUGCUUGGCUACCUCGUCGAUUUAAUUAUAGGCAUGUCAAUUAAGUUCUUCCGUUCUAGUGGGGCUUGUUGACAGGCUUAUGUAGAAUUUAAUACUAAAUGGUUUAUGUUUCUCUUGUGUUCUUUUGUCACCUCUUCAGUUGUUAGUUUCUAUUCAACUCAAAUGAACACACAACUGAUGUAAGGUUCUAACAGGUGUGCACUUACACAGUGCAUAUGCUCUACUCUACUAGCUAACAGUUAAAUCACAAGCACUGUCAUGCUAGGACAGUGGUUCUCAACCUUCCUAAUGGCACGACCCUUUAAUACAGUUCCUCAUGUUGUGGUUAACCCCCAACACCAUAACAUUAUUUUCGUUGAUCUCUUAUAAAUAUGUGUUUUCCGAUGGACCUCUGCUUAAGGAUUGUUCGAACCCCAAAGGGAUCGUGACCCACAGGUUGAGAAACGCUGCGCUAGAACGUGAAUCUUUGCCAAUGUUUUCCAUUGUGACAGUAUUUGUUAUGACGCGUAACUGUCUGCGUUUCAUUGUUCACAAGGCUUCACCUGCGACCUAAGGGCGCCCUACUGCCCGCCUGGACGGGCGUGUAUCCUGAUCCUCGUAGCCCAAUGCAUACGUAACGAGUGUCUGAAGUGUCGCUCCGACGAGAGAUGUGUCCAAACAGGUUACGGUGACAGGUGAGUUGCAACGUUUAUUUAAUUACCCAAAUCUGCCAUAUAUUGAGACUCAAAUAACUUUAGUAACUUCAACAAUGUCACAUCGUAUUUUUUACUGUUAAAUGUCCCUAAAUUUAAUAAAGGUAAAAAAAAGGUAGCGCUUAUAAUUCAUUUAUUUUAAUAUGAAAACGAUUAAUUUUACUAUUUAAAAGAUUCAUCAUUUCAACCAAUUGGUCUAAUGUGUGAUUCCGGUAUUCGAAUGUAAAGGUAUCAGCGUGUGUCAACCAAUUGUUCUAAUGUGUGAUUCUCUUAUUCGAAUAUGAAAGUUUCAACCAAUUAGUAAAAUGUGUGAUCCUGGUGUUGGAAUGUGAAGGUAUCCGUGUGUGUCAACCAAUAUGUCUGAUGUGUGAAUCUUAUAUUCGAAUGUGAAGGUGUCAGUUUGUCAAACAAUUCGUCUAAUGUGUGAUCCUCGUAUUCGAAUAUGAAGGUAUCAGUGUGUUUCAAGAAACUUGUGUGGACCUCGACCGUGUCCACCUAACCAGGACUGCGUGUACGUUGGGAAUGAGUGUCCGGCACCGCGUCCAGGCGAUUUAGCGGAGAGGAAAUGUCGCGAUGUCUACGAGUGCAGGAAGGUGGGUUAUUUCUACAAAACUUUAUAUGUAUUAAUGAACACUUUAAGACUAAUUUUCUUCGAAAAAUUCCCUCCAAAAUUCAGGGGCGUCUUAUAUAUAUAUUUUUUUAAAAAUUAAGUAAAAAAAAAAAGUUAAAAAUCUUUAAAUUUUAAAUAUUUUUUUUGGCAUGUGAUAUUUUUUAUAUAAGUUCUAAAACCUAUUAAACAAAAAAUGCCACUUUAAAAAAAAAAUUAAGAAUUGUGAACAUGUUGUACCAUCACCAGGUCGAUCAGUGCAACGGUUGCCCGCGAGGCUACGUGUGCAUCAACACGGGUAUCGUGUGUGUGACGGCCCCCUGCCCCAGUUUCCAGUGUGUACGGGACAACGAAUGUGGAGGCUGUAGACCGGGACAGCGGUGCCGGGAAGUUCUCGCCUGCAGACCCCCGCAGCCGUGCCAGUCCGUGUUCCAAUGUACGGAUGACAAGAGCGUUGAACCCCUACCCCCUUUUUGUCCCCUAGCCUGCUCUCACCUGUCGAGGUGUGUUGUCUUCCAACCCAAAUGUUAUCAUGGAGAUAGCAGAACCGGAUGCCAAGCAGUUCCGGACUACAGAUGUCUUCCUUUGUGGAUAAAAGGAGGAGAUGACAGUUAAAUAAAAUUAAUUCAUCAGUUUUCUAAUUAAAAUGAAU